GCUUUAAAAGAUCCAAUUUGGAAUCAAUAUUUCAAAAUGAUCACUAUCAAAGCAUUUGGUGAUGAAAUUGCUCUAUCACAUUAUGCAUUUAGUUUUAUCAUCUAUUAUGCAACUGGUUGUAAUUUUCGUCAACGUGUACAUCAAUUAUUUCAUAGCUUAUUUUAUAAAUUAGGCUGUCGUUGUGAUGCUUUCAUGAAACUUGGUGUCAAUGAUGAAAGUGAAAAUAAUAUGCCACCAUCCAUUGCUCGUCGUUCACAUAAUCGUUUAUUAUUAACUAAUAGUGAUCGACAAGACGAUGCACAAGAUGUUACACUUCGUACAUCGUAUUCACAUCAUCAUCAUCAUCAUCAUCCGCAGCAGCAGCAUCAUCAUCGUCAGUCACAAAAAUUUUGUGACAAUAAAAAAUCACUAACAGACAUUGAUUCAUCGUUAGAAUCAACUAAGGAGAAUUUAUUUAAAUCGCCUAGUGUACGUCAGCAAAGGCAUUUCAAUGAAACCAACACUAAGUCACCAUCAAUCUCUACAAAAGAGAUAAAUGACAGCUGAAAUUUCUUAUUACUAAAUUACUUCAGAUAAUAUAUAUCAAAUGCAUAUUAUUAUUUUCUAAUGUACAUGCAAAACAACUAAUAAAACUUUGACGAGCAAUAAAGGAAAUGUCGACUACAACAAAACAAUACCAUUGAACGUUGAAAUUUGAACGACAAAAAAGUUAAUACCUUAUUCUCACUACAUACAUUAAUAAUGUAUUCCAAUUGUCUCUAUAUUAUAACAAAUAAAUAUCAAGUAAGAAAUAUUACAGAAAUUUAAUUUCUAUUCAAUUCAAAUUAUUCCACUUAUUUUCCUUUUCAUACUUUCCUCGAUUUUCAUUCUUUUUGUUUUGAUAUAAGAUUAAAAAAUUAUUUUGAAUUUUUUUGGGUAAUUCUUAAUGUCUGCUUUGAUUUUCAUAGACUUGUAAUUCAGAUAUAUAUAUAUAUAUA